GCUCGAGAGUGCAGGACAAUAGCACGACAAUACGAUAUGACCGCGACGGGAUACUAACAAUACAGACAUCAUGGGCAUUCAAGGACUCUUGCCGCUGCUCAAGAGCAUCCAUAAGCCCACCCACUUGCGCAACUUCGCCGGCCAGACGCUCGGAGUCGACGCCUAUGGCUGGCUGCACCGCGGCACCGUCGCCUGUGCCAUUGAGCUGGCCGAGGGGAAACCAACCCGCAAGCACAUCGACUUCGUGCUGCACCGCGUUCGGAUGCUGAUCCACUUCGGCGUGAAGCCAUACCUGGUCUUCGAUGGCGACUAUCUGCCGAGUAAGUCACACACCGAGAAGGAGCGGGCGGCGCGGCGGAAGGAGAGCAAGCGAGUGGGAUUGGAGAUGUUGAGAAUGGGCCGGCCUUCGCAAGCCCAAUUGGAACUGCAGAAAGCUGUGGACGUCACUCCGGCAAUGGCACGCGAGAUCAUUGAGGAGCUCAAGAAAUUGGGGGUGACAUACGUCGUCGCGCCGUACGAAGCCGACAGCCAGCUGGCAUAUCUCGAGAAGCAGGGUCACAUCAAUGGUGUCAUCAGCGAAGACUCCGAUCUCCUGGUCUUUGGCGUCAAGUGCCUUCUCACCAAGCUCGACCAGUACGGCGAAUGCAUCAUGGUCAACCGCGCCGACUUCACUUCUGUCCGCGACGUCAGCCUGGUAGGCUGGACUGACAAGGAGUUUCGCAUGAUGACCAUGCUCAGUGGCUGCGACUACUUGGCAGGCAUUGACAAGAUGGGCUUGAAGACUGCCUACCGCCUGGUCCGCAAGCAUAAAACCGUGGAGCGAAUCGUCCGGACAGUGCAGUUCGACGGCAAGAUGAGAGUGCCCAAAGACUAUCUGGAGCAAUUCUACCGGGCAGAGAGGACAUUCCUGCACCAAUGGGUCUUCUGUCCGGAAGCCAAUUGUCUCGUCAAUCUCAAUCCGCUCCCCACAGGCCUGACUGCAGAGUCUAUGCCAUACAUUGGCAGCUAUGUCGAGUCCGAUGUAGCUGCAGGCGUGGCUUGCGGCGACCUUGAUCCCAACACUAAGAAGCCGAUCGUGCUCCCGAACACAUUCAACAGACUCUGGCAACCACCACCGAGACGCACAGUAUCAGCUCCCCUCGAGAAGCACGCCGGCAGACCCAUCGACGAAUUCUUUAAAGCACGCCGCGUCCCUCUUGCUGAGCUCGAUCCCAACUCCCUCUCCCUCACGCCCAGCCAACUGCGACUCCUCGACCAACAAGGGCCAACCUCGUGGUCUACUACGCCUGUGACUGGGACCCAAUCUGCCUCACGCGUACCGGCUCCGCGUUUCUUUGGUGGCUUGCGCACCGCCAAUGUACAACCACCGUCUUCAGCACCACAGAUUUCCCGCCGCACUGUUACUGAUCCUUUUCCAACUCAUCGAGCUUCUCCAAAGCGGCAACGCUUAUGCUCAGACUCUGGCAUCACCGCCGCCAUGAAAGGAGGCCAGGGCGUUGAGUCAGCCACGAGCAAGUUCUUUGCCAAAGCUGCAGCACAGCCUAGUCCGUCAGUGCGUCGCAAGUCCAGGCGUGUAACGGAGGAGUUCGACUUGUGGUCGGACGAUUCUGUUGCUGAGGCGCUUGCGGCAGUGACUCAAGACCCAGAGCUCAUCGAGAAGACCAAUGUCAAGAAUGAUGCGGACUCUUCCGAGAAGACCGCCGUCCCCGCGUUGUCGUCUCCCCGGAAGAGAAAGAAGCUACAAGUGUUCGCAGAUGGUAACGAUGCCACAACCUCACAGUCGACGGUGGACACCAGCGAGACAAGUACUCAGUCGCAAGCGUCUUUCAGCACGACAGCAACGUCCGUCAGUAGCAGCACACAAGAACACAGCGUCUUCAGCAAGGGCGUUCGCCUUGACUUCGAGGCCAUGAGAUACGGCGAGACAUUGAUAGGGAAGAAGACACUCUCGCGCACAGCUUCUGCCCCAUUGUUCUCUCGUACGCCAGUCAAACAGUCUUCAACACUGCUCCUCAGUCCGAAAGUCGAACAGAGCCCCGCGGACAUUGACGAUAGCGGCAUUGUGCUUGAGUCGCCCCCAGGAUUGCCAGCUGUCGAGUUUCGCUCCGAUGAGGCAGAAGCCGACAGCGCAGUCAUCAACGAGGAUAAGUGGCGGGACGUGGAGAAAGAGCCAGCUUUAUUCGGCCAUGCAUUGUCAGAAUUACCGGUGAAGGGCAGCGAAGACCUGCUCGUGCCAGAGAGCCCGAGCGAGGCUUCAGAUGAGGGCAAGAAACCGGCUCUCAACCUGAGUCGGUUCGCAUUUGCAGGGUAGAUGGAGAGAUUCUGUUCAGAGAAGAUGAUUGAUUGAGAAGCUACCUGUUAGCUGAGCAGCAGAGUGCAGAGAAGGAGCAGCGCAGCAGCGAAAUGUGCACAGAGAAAAGCAUGCAUGAUACCCAGUUGGAGACGAAGCGAUUACUGCCAUGACUACCACGAUGUCAUUUUUGUGGAGCGUUCAGCGUUAGACAGGCAUUAUACCGAAUACUAUGGUGUACAGAAUUUCGCAGUGACCUUUUACCUGCUUCUGACAUGUACUACUCCUGAAUGUGAUCCUCUGUAUCUGUUUGCUCUGGACCUCCCUGGUGCGGCUGACACCGCGAGUAGCAUCAUGUGUCCU